UCUUCACAAAUCUACUCAAGUAAAAAUAAAGAGUAUGGCUUAGUAUAACUACUCUUAGAAGUACAUUUUUCUCAAAAAGUUACUCAAGUAAAUGUAACGGAGUAAACGAAACGCGUUACUACCCACCUCUGGUCACCUUGGACUUGUAUUCAUCAGACGUUGGGGCUAAAUGUCCCAUUGAGUUUAAUGUCCCUUGCUACCUUACGUACUCUAAUUCUAAUAAAGUCAGAAAUUUGUGCAAAUUGUAAGUGAAAACAGAAUAUAAUGACUCGCAAAUUAUAUUAAACUUAUAUUUACAGUAUUGUAUACACUACCUAAAGAAGAUAUUCAAUGUUCAGUGUUUUGCACAUUUUGUUAUUAAAACAUGCUUUGUUGACCAAUGUAAUUGCAGACUGCUGCAGUGUUGUUAUAGAAUAAUUCCCUCCGUGCAAAAUGAGUGUGAACAUCCCAGGCGUUGCAGUGAUGGUGCUUUUCUACCUGCUGGUGCUUGGCAUUGGCAUCUGGGCCUCUAUGAAGACGAAGAGGAUGCGUAAGAACAGGCAGGCAAAUCAGAUGGACAUAACACUGCUGGGAAAUAGAAAGAUACAUCUCACAGUGGGAGUUUUCACCAUGACAGCUACUUUCAUUGGAGGAGGAUUUAUUGUUGGACUAAGUGAGGUAGUUUACAAUCCAGACUUGGGACUGGCCUGGGCUGUCAUGCCAAUUACAAUCAGCUUAUCUUUUCUGAUAGGAGGACUCGUCUUCGCCAAGCCAAUGAGAGAGAAAAAGUAUGUGACAAUGAUGGACCCGUUCCGUGAGAAAUAUGGAACGAUAAUAAGUGGCAUCCUGUCUGUGGCACUGAUAAUGGCUGAUCUUGUGUGGGUGCCUUCAACUCUCAUUGGCUUGGGUGCGUCAAUGAGUGUGAUCUUGGAUUUGUCAUACGUGCAUUGUAUUUGGAUUUCGGCUGCAGUGCCCGUUGUCUACACAUUGCUGGGGGGACUCAUUUCUGUAGCCUACACAGACAUUGUUCAGCUGAUGCUAAUGUUCUUUGGUCUGUGGCUAUGCGUCCCUUUCCUGUUGAUGAAUCCGCAUUCAGCAGACAUCACUAAAACGGCUUUCAACUUUACUUACCAAGGCCCCUGGAUCACUUCUGUUAAAUCAGACAAAGCGUGGAGGUGGAAUGAUCAAUUUUUGCUUUUGAUUUUUGGAAACCUAGCCUGUCAAGACUACCACCAGAGGAUUCUGUCAGCCUCGUCUGUAGCCACAGCCAGGAUCAUCGGCUUCAUUGCAGCACCAACCGUCCUCGUCUUUUCGAUCCCGUCUAUCCUGAUUGGAGCAGUGGCAGCAUCCACAGACUGGAAUAAGACGGGAUAUGGAUCACCAUCUCCAUUAGAAUGUGGACAGACCAGUCUUAUAAUGCCGAUCACUUUGCAGCACCUCACCCCAAGUUACAUAUCCAUCUUUGGAAUAUCAGCAACCGCUGCUGCUGUCAUGUCUUCAAUGGACUCACUUCUGCUGGCGGUAGCAUCUCUCUUUGUGUCCAACAUUUACAAGCGUAUCUUGAGAACAAAGGCAUCCAGUAGAGAAGUACAGUGGGUGAUCAAGAUUACUAUGCUCUUGACGGGUCUCGCAGGUACAUCCCUUGCCUUCCUCGAGGUCAGCAUUAUGUCAUACUGGGUCCUCGGAUCCACCAUAACUUAUGUCUUUCUGUUUCCUCAACUCAUUUGCGUCCUCUUCGUUGACAUCUCAAAUGGCUACGGCGCCAUGUCGGGCCUCCUUAUUGGGGCGAUAUUGCGCCUGCUGAGCGGAGAACCGUCUCUGGGGUUACCUGUUACCCUCCCCUUUCCAGGGUGCACAUUUGAAAAUGGAGUGUAUGUGCAGCACGCACCUGUUAGUACAAUAUGCAUGCUGUGCAAUUUUAUCUCUACCUUGGUGUUCUCCUACCUGGCUUCACUGCUGUUCAAUAAGGGACUGAUCCCAGAGAGAUUUGACAUAUUUAAGAUAAAAACCCAACAGUCAAUAUACAAUGUCAUGUUAACAAGAAGCAGUGCUGUCAAAGAAAACAAGGAGCGGAAAACUGAUGCUCUGUGAAAAUGAAGUCGUGUUGCAUGAAUCAUGUAAUAAUGGAACAAGUCAACUUAACUAAAUCAGAUUCUUUAUUUCAGUAUGUUUUUAAAUGUAUAUUCUUCACACAGUAUUCGCUGCAAUUUGGGGAAAAAAUGCACAUACUCAGCUAUACUAUGGUUCAGUAUUGAUGUAUAGGCCCACAUUGGAACAAUUUCAACUGUUCUUCCUUUUGUUUCAGUUAAAACUUGAAUUAGAGUUUGUGAUGUCACUUCGGGUAUAUGUUUAAAUGAUUAAGUCAGAUGUAUAAACUAAUAAGAAGCAUUCUCUUUUAGAUAGGUUGUAGUUGUUUACGUAGACUGGAGCUGACCAAUACAUCGAUUGUGAUCAGCCAAUAGAUCUCAGAUACAGUGCCUAUCAUAGGUAUUCACCAACUUUGAUUUUUUUCUCCCCUUUUAUUGCAUUCAUAAAUCCAAGGGCGUAGGUUUGGAUAGGGACGGUAGGGACAAUACACUACCAAUUUUUCAGGAUGGUCAAAUUGUCCCCACCAACUUCUGAGCAACAUUAUUUGCAUUAUAUAAUAAAUUCAGUUAUGUAGGUAACAGGGGUCGCGUUAAUCGAAUGUUUUCUGUCGUUGACCGGUUUUUUACAACGGUGACGGAAAAAACUGAAGUCCAUCUGCCAUUUUGACAGGUUGCAAUUCA